CUAAAACGAGACUGAACCACGUCCUCGGCUCUGACAAGGUUCGCCUAAUCUUUGCGCGCGCCCCAGGUUCCCCAGAAACCCCGGAAGUUGGAGAUAAGAGACGAUUGGGAAGGGACAGAUAUGACUGGGAAAUUGCGGUUACUGGUUGUCAUAUAGUUUGACUAAAGAUUGGAGUUGCCGCGCCCUAUCUUGGUGCAGAUCAAGACUAGACUAUGGGAGCGCGUUUGUUCUUAAGAAUGCGACUGCACCCAUGCGAUGUCGCCCUCUUUCACUCUGGCAACGUCUUUUUACCUCUCAUAUUUUCGUGGCCGUGCAACCUCAACGGCAUUAUUGACAGUAGCGAAUGACCGCAAAAAGCCCCCAGCAAUACACAAAUAUCCUCCUCAAACAGGAGCACCGGACCUUCAUCCUCGCGUCCCGUCUUGACCUUCGAGCCUGAACACCGACAGAAUGGCUGAGAAACACGAUAUCCCCGACAAUGCGUCUCUGACGCCCUCCCAAGCUGCUGGCAAGACAUUCGCCACCCAUCACCUCCACGGCGGCGAACAGCUUGAGAAGCGAUACAGUCCUCUGUCCGUCCUCGCUUUUGCGUUUACCACCACCAAUUCAUGGAUGGCUUUUGCUUCAGGCAUUGCGGUGCCGCUUGCUUGUGGGGGAGGACCCUCGAUCAUCUAUGGCUUGAUCGCUGGUGGAAUUAUCAUGGCUACCAUCAAUAUUGGUUUUGCUGAAUUGGCUUCAGCUUUCCCUUCGGCUGGUGGACAGUAUCAUAUUGUCUUCAUGGCCUUUCCGGCCUCGACGCGACGCGUUGCCGCUUUUUAUACUGGCUGGAUCUCCAUCAUCUACCUCAUGGCUGCGACAGCGUCUUGCAACUUCUUCGCUGCUAGCUCUGUUCUGGACCUUGUCCAACUGUGGCAUCCAUCAUAUACCAUCGAGGCUUGGCAUACGUACUUGAUGCACAUCUUGCUGUGCAUUAUCGCCUUUGCCGCCACUUCGCGAUUCCCUGCUGCCAUUGGCCGAUUGACCACUACUAUCUUCUGGCUGUCUUUGGUCGGCUUCAUCGCCUCCAUGAUCACUCUUCUUGCUGUCAGUGAUCACAAGCAAUCAGCUUCCACGGUCUUCAAGGAGUACAAGAAUGUCAGUGGAUGGGGAGAUGGCUGGGCUAUGAUCACCUCUAUCACUGCCUGUUUAUGGGCCUACAGUGGUGUCGAUGGCCCUACCCAUUUGGCAGAAGAAGUGCCGAAUCCCAGUAAAAAUGUCCCUCGUGCCAUUUUCCUGACUAUUGGCCUCGGCAUCACCACUGUCGUUGCUUGGACCAUCGCCCUCAUGUUCUCCAUCAAGGAUGUCGAUGCCAUCAUUGAGUCAACAGUUCCUAUUCUCGAGGUCUACAACCAGGCUCUCAACAACAGAGUUGCAACAACUAUCUGGACUGUCUACUACAUCGUCAUGUUUUACGACAUCGUUCUGAACCUAUUCAUCUUCUCCGGUCGAACUAUUUGGUCCUUCUCGAGAGAUGGGGGUGUUCCUUUCUCUGGAUUCCUGUCGCAUCUCAACUGGGCCAGUCCCGUUCGAGCUACUGCAGUGAUGCUUGCACUUCAGAUCAUCAUUGGAGUUUUGUACGUGGCUUCAAGCACAGCUUACAAUAGCUUUAUCGGCCUUACCCUAUUUGCACUCAAUAUCACUGUCACUCUCCCCCAGGCCGCGCUCCUCGUUCGUGGACGCAGCUGUCUUCCUGAGAGGUCUUUCUCGCUUGGGAAGGCGGGAUAUGCCGUAAACACUGCGGCUACGCUAUUUGUCGCUUUGUUCUCUGUCAGCUUUUGCUUUCCCGCCUUCAUGCCUGUUACGGCAUCGUCUAUGAACUAUCUUAUUGUAGUUAUGGCAGUUGGCCUGGUAUUUACCACUGCCCUCUGGUUUGGUGGUCUCCGAAAGACGUUCACCGGACCCCAGAUUAGUCUGGACGGGGAGGAUCAAUAGAAGUAUUCUCAACAACCAUGAAGGAAGAGAACUAUCUUGACAUUAUGAAUUAUUUUUAGGUAGCUUCACGUAGCCCUGUAAGGAAUUUCAAGUUGACG